AUUAUUUCGUGUGGCAGCGCCAGUAAGCAAGAGAACGAUCUUUGCUGGUCAUCGACAACGGCCUCCGCCUCUAGCAGUGCGUCUACGAAUUAUCAACACACUACAAUCGGCUCUUCUACAUCCUCUUCGAGUGGUCGUGUUGAGGCAUCCACUUCAUCAUCAAGCGGUGGACGUCAGGGUACUAGAGGAUCUGGUGGUCGAUAUCAACGUAAGAGUACUGGUGGAGCUGGAGGGUCAACUACAUCUAAUCAAGGACAAGAAUUCCACUCGUCCUCUUCUUCAGGAUCAACGGGUGCUAGUGCGUCUAACAACAUCAAGAACAUGAGGAUGAAUCAGCAGCAUUCGGGUCAGCAUGGUAGCAACUUUGUUGGGGGAAAUUACAACAACCACCACCUGCAACCAGCUGCAGAAGAAGGAGAUCAACAUGAUCAAAAUCAACACGCAACUGGUGGUGGAGGGUCAUCAGCACAGCAACAUCAACAAAGUGGGCAAUUAUAUCAAAAG